CAAACAACCACACAUUCGGCAAGGUAAGCGUUGUUUGUGCUGCUGAAGCCUGCUGUGGAAGUGUAGCGCAUUAUGCCUUCUCAGUGGUAAGACACACUGGUGUCCAAGGCGACUUGUCGAUGGCGGACAGAGCUGAACUUACAAAUGGUUGACGUCUUGGAGUCAUGUCCACGAAACAGUUUCCGCAGAAGAUGGAGACGGAAGGCAAAGGCGCAACGAGCCAGCCGAUCCCGGUGCCUCCUCCGUUGCCAGGGUUUCCAGGAUGCACUUCUUCCGGUUUUACAACUCUUUAUUACAACGUCACGGGAAUUCCGACCACCCCAGUCCCCGACGACCCUGGUAUCCAUCUUUCGCCGUCACCUUGUUCCGUAGACACGGUGACGCCUUUAAAUUCGCCAACGAGAUCUUCCCGGAGCCCACUGGUGACGUCCAGUAGGUCAGCACCCAUCACCCUGAGGCCGCCACCUUCGCCUACGAAGUCCGUGGAGCGGAGACCUGCACAGCAGGCGUCGUCGGACUCGGAGCUGUGCAGGACUGGUGACGAUCGUAUUCCCAGAGAAGUGAACUUGCUGGUCCAUGAUGCCCGUACCGGAUUUACGGCAUUGAAGCUGCUGGCUGAGAAUGCUGUUAAUUUGACAAGCGACCCUAUGUCGAGAAACCUGCCGGGAUCACCUUCUCCUCAUCCAGGGGUACCUCAAGGGGCAUUUGCAGAUGCAGUUCCAGGAGUGUUUGUAGAUGUAGUUCCAGAAGUCGUCAUAAAAAGUAUCCCCGAACAAGUAGUUGCCCCCGCCCCUAUACCACUACCACCACCACCACCACCACCACCACCACCGCCGCCGCCGCCGCCACCGCCACCGCCACCAACGCAUAUGCCACGUACUGGUGAUAGCCGCAGCAUGAGCCGGUCUUCUACAGGAAGUGUAACUCAGGAACAGUCCUUUGCACCAAGUCCAACGGCCCCAAGCGUUUCCCCAAGUGCAAUGGACGAACAAGUGCCGUACAAUCCGUCUCCAAUGCGCUCCGACUCGCUGCAAGCCAUUGUCGUGCGAGGCUCCGCGCUUACGUUAGGUGCAGCCAAGAGGCCUGAACCCGUUCCAAGUGUCUCUGCUUCGGAGUCCCGUGCACCAGCGAGAACAGCGGACGGCUCGGAAAGAGAACAACCUCGAGCAACCUUAACGGCGGAAGGUGGCGGUCGCAAUGGUCAGCAUGCCGUACAGCUUAAUGAGAUCAUCCCUAUUCAAAGCUCCCGUUGGUAUUGGUUCAGAGUUUGUGCCCUGAUGGCUGGUAUCAUGGGCUUCUUCACUGUAUUCGCAGUUUACGCUUUCAAAGAUGAUGCCAUAAAUGACCUUUUCAACUGGGCAUUCCCACUGAAUUCUACCAGUGUUGUCAACGCAAGAAUGCUGUUUACGUCACAGGAUCAAACGCGGGGAUCAGACAAUGUGACUGAAAAUUUCACAACCGUGGAAGAAUCAUGACAACCAGAGAAGAUGUUGCCGGCGUUGUAUCGUUCGCAAUCAAUAAAAUAGUCAAAUGGC